ACCCUAAAACCCCUGAGUUUUUAAAUCGCCAUUUCUUCAGUCGUCUGCCAUUGCUCGACGACACCUUCCACAAACAUCAAAAGCCCUCGGAAAACCCUAAAUCCGUAGCAACCAUGUCGGAGGUCGAAAUCUCCCUCUCGGAGAAGAAGAAGAACAAGAAGAGGUCUGAUGCUCACGCCGAGGCGACGCCGAAGACGACGGCGGAGAAGGAUGCCGCCGACGCCGGGGACUUCAUGAUCAAGCCGCAGAGCUUCACUCCCGCCAUCGACACGUCCCAAUGGCCCAUCCUCCUCAAGAACUACGACCGCCUCAACGUUCGGACCGGACACUACACUCCUCUCCCCUCCGGUUUCUCCCCACUGAAACGUCCCUUGCAAGAGUACAUCAGGUACGGUAUCAUCAAUCUCGACAAACCCGCGAACCCUUCUUCUCACGAGGUCGUUGCUUGGAUCAAACGUAUCCUCCGUGUCGAGAAGACGGGUCACAGCGGAACCCUUGAUCCCAAGGUCACUGGGAAUCUCAUUGUUUGCAUCGACCGAGCUACACGGCUCGUGAAAUCGCAGCAAGGGGCGGGUAAAGAGUAUGUCUGUGUUGCUCGUUUGCACUCUGCUGUUCCAGAUGUUGCAAAGGUUGCUAGAGCUCUCGAAACUCUCACUGGAGCUGUGUUUCAGAGGCCCCCUCUAAUCUCUGCCGUGAAAAGACAGCUUAGGAUUAGGACAAUAUAUGAAAGCAAGCUGCUUGAGUAUGAUGCAGACAGGCAUUUGGUUGUGUUCUGGGUUUCCUGCGAGGCAGGUACGUAUAUCAGGACAAUGUGUGUCCACUUGGGUCUGCUUCUAGGUGUGGGUGGGCAUAUGCAGGAGUUAAGGAGGGUGAGGUCCGGAAUCUCGGGUGAGAGAGACAACAUGGUCACAAUGCAUGAUGUGAUGGAUGCACAGUGGAUGUACGACAAUUAUAGGGAUGAAACUUACCUUAGGAGAGUCAUUAUGCCUCUUGAAGUGUUGUUGGCUAGUUACAAGAGGCUUGUCGUGAAGGAUUCCGCUGUGAAUGCCAUUUGCUACGGUGCUAAGCUGAUGAUUCCCGGUCUGUUGAGAUUCGAGAACGACGUCGAGGUCGGUGAAGAAGUUGUUCUCAUGACGACUAAAGGUGAGGCGAUAGCUAUAGGGAUAGCCGAAAUGACAACAGCUGUGAUGGCUACUUGCGAUCACGGGGUGGUGGCUAAGAUAAAGAGAGUGGUAAUGGAUAGGGACACGUACCCGAGGAAGUGGGGAUUGGGGCCGAGGGCUUCGAUGAAGAAGAAGCUUAUCAGCGAGGGGAAAUUGGAUAAGCACGGUAAACCAAACGAGAAAACGCCCCAAGAGUGGAUGAGGAAUGUGGUUCUGCCGCCCGGUGGGGAUGCUAUGGUUGCUGGGAUUGCCGCUGCGCCGGAAAAGAAAACCCCAGCUGUGGAGGAGGAGGAGAAAAAGGAGGAUGAGAAUGGUGAAGGCGGGGAAAAGCGCAAGCGUAAAUCAGAUGAAAGCAGUGACAGCGGCCGUGCAACUGUCCCAGCUAAGAAAUCAAAAACCAAAGAAGCUGAAGCAGGAGAGAAAGUUAAGUCAAAGAAGUCAAAGGAGGAGGGAGAAGAGGAGGAAGCUGGAUCUGACAAGAAGGAGAAGAAGAAGAAGAAAAAGAAGGAUAAAGGAGACAGAGAAGAGGAGGAGACAGAGAAGGUGAAGAAGAAGAAGAAGGAACACAAGAUCAAGGAAAAGGAAGAAGAUGAGUCUUCGCCCAAAUCCGAGAAGAAGAAGAAGAAGAAAAAGAAGAGCAAAGAGACCGAAGCUAUUACUAAUGGCGAAGAUGAAUCAUCUGCAAGAGAAGAGCGAGAAGAAGAAGAAGAAGGACAGAGAUCAUGCAGGUGGAGAAAGAGUGAGACCAAAGGCAAUAUUCCUUUCGUUUACGUUCCUUUCUACAACAUUUGUGCUUUAUUUAGUACAUGCAAUGCAACGAUGAUGAGGCCCGGUCCAAUUGAAUUUUAGGGCUUCGUAAUUGGGCCUUUUGGGCUUUCUUCACGUUACAAGUCCAGCCCGUCUUCUGUUCAAGUUCACGUGGCCAACAUCAAUCAAUCGCUGCUUCUAGGAGUCCGUUUUCUUGCAAGCAAAAACGGUGACAGAAAUUGAGAUGCUCUCUCUCUCUCUGUAUAUAUGUAAUAGCACAAGUUUCCUCGGAUUUCCAAAUUCAGCAAGCUCCCGGAGAUUAGGGAUU